AUUAGUUUUGAGCGUGCGCAGUAAGUGAUUGGGUGGAGUCCUUGGUACCGGAUCAAAGGAGACACAGUCUCUGUUUACUGAACAAAGACAUAAAUAACAGCUAGAUUGACUGAGAUACUUUUGCUGCCUCAUACAGUGGAAUACCAUCAUGUCAUCAACGAACCAAGAAAUAGAGCAGAAAGAUGCAAAUGAAGUGGAGCCUAGUGAAGAACCUGCCACACCCCUCUCAUCAGAUAAAGAGAAGAUUAUUGAAUUUGCCGAUUUAUAUUCGAUAGAUUUAGCAUGCGAGAGAUUUGGAGUUACUAAAACUGUCCUCAGAGGAUGGUUGAAGCAAAGGAACAUUCCAAUCAAACCAGUCUACAACUCCCCGGGUCAAGGGAGAAAGAUCUCUUACUCAAGGGAACUCGACGGUCAAAUAGCGGACCACGUGAGGUCCUUACUGGAGGCUGGGGAGAGAGUCUCUGUUCAUGACGUUUGCACUUAUGCUCGUAAGCUGAUUCAAGAGGAGAACCCUGAGUUUACAGCAUCAACCGGAUGGGCUCAACGUUUUCUCGUCCGUAAUAACAUUGACCUCAGCUUUCAGUUGAGGAAGUUGAUACCAUCAAACAGGCAGACUGGUAGUAAUGGCAGCCUUGUCUCGUCGACCCCCGACAACAGAGGAAGACCUUUAUCAUAUCCGGCCCAACUGGACAACAGCAUUGCUGACUGGGUGAGACAGAGAACUGCCAAAGGAGACACCGUUACUAACUCUGAGCUAAGGAAGCACGCCAAGGAAGUGAUCAGUAAAGAGAAUGCCAGUUUCACUGGGUCUGCCAGCUGGUCCCAGAACUUCUUAUUGCGACACAGACUGAGUCUCCAACCAACCACGCCGACUAAGAACGAAGAGAGAGAGACCACACCUCCUAGAGAAGAGGAGGGGCAAUCAGGACCUGGUCUGUUAGGAGGAGGAGGAGGAGCUGCUGUUGAUGAAACUGUAUCGAAUACACUGGCACUGUUGACAAGUGAGGGGUUACCAGGUGUAGUUGAAUCAUCGUUAUCUCAAGGAUCUGGCAUAUCAUUGUCUGAUCUCACUAACGAGUCCAUUAUAGUUGAUUUAUUAAAUAAUAAUAAUCAUGACUCGGCUACUAAUUAUUCACAACCGUCACUCGAUUCUUCAUCAGGUUUCAUAACUCUGGGACAGCAUCUCUCUGAUCUUGUUAGUUCUGUCAAUACAUCGACCAAUCAGAAUACACUUGAACUAGCCACACCUACUCCAGCAGCCAGUGCUUCAAAGUCCCAUAGUAGCUCCCCUGGGGAUGUGAUUGGUUCAGGGACACGCCCACUGUCUUAUACUAAAGAGACAGACCAGCAGCUGGCUGACUGGGUCAAGGGGAAACAAGCAACUGGAGAAAAGGUGACGUUUGCCUCACUGAGGUCUCACGCUAGGAAAAUAGUUUCAUCAGAAAACCCAAAUUUCAGUGCCUCGGUGGGUUGGGUCACCCCUUUCCUGCUCCGACAUAAUCUUGACCUGAAAAUUAACAACAGGAAAAUGAAGUCAACUAGAAAGACAAGUCAACCUCGCAAGCUCUCACCUAAAGACGAGCAGAGCCUUGACGAGACUGUACUGGAGGGAUUAGGGGAGCAAGGGCUCACUGACACACCCUCUCAAUUGACCAAUCAGAAUACAGACGACCCUUCACAACAGGAAGAGGUUGUCAUGGUAACUGAAGUUAAUGAAGAGAAGGUUACUCCAAAAGGUAAAGUGAAGAAAGGAUCUCGUUCAAGACACACUCUAGCAGAGAAACUGGAGGUGGUCCGAUUAAUGAGAGAGUAUAAUCUGGCAGGGCACUACGUGAGCAGGUUAUUGGGAAUAGCUACUUCAACGCUGUCAGGCUGGGUCAAACUAGUGGAUCAAAAAGGGACAGAACUUGAAACUCUCUCUACCAACAGGAAGAGAUCAAAUAGAGCAGGACAGGGCAGGCCUUUGACUUAUUCCAGAGAGAAAGACGACAUGAUAGCUGACUGGGUGAGACAGCAACAGGAUGGUGGUGUUCCAGUAACUGCUAGUGAUCUGUCGGCCUAUGCUAGUUCUUUGAUUGGAGAAGAGAACAACACUUUUGUGGCUUCAGUUGGUUGGAGGCACAAGUUCCUUCAGAGACACAACAUUCAAUUGCAGCAACUUCAUUCUUCAUACAAACCAGACCAGACCACCACUGACUCCCUCUGUGUCCCCAUUCCAGUCCAAACUGAAGAGGUGAUCUGUACUGAUGAGUUCUCCAUUGAAAUGAAUGACAAGCCGCUUCCUAGCGAGGUACUGACAGAGCUCCUGGCAUGGGCAAGGGCUAGGAUCAGUGAUAAUGGGAGUCUCUCAGUACAAGAAUUUUGUUCCCACAGUGAAGAGGUCAUACUACCAAUGGACCCAUUGUUUGUAGCCACUCUUGGCUGGGCCUUUAGGAUCCUUCACACCAAUGGAGUGUUCCUUGAUCCUAAACCAACCACCAUUGAGCUUGGAGGAAGGAAGAGGAGUAGUGGCCAUGAUGACAACAAUGAUCCUAACUCGAUCAAGAAACCUUGUACUGAGCCUGUCUCUGAUCCUGUCACUGGAUCACCUCCUCCUCCGGUCACUGGAGGCACUUUAUGUCAGGCACUCCUCUCUCUCUCUCAAGGACAGGAGGAACCUGUUGUCAUGGAAACACAAGCUCCACCUACUCAAAGUGACCCACCCUCUCUCCCUCCUCCUACUGCUAAGAAUUAUUUUGGUAAAUUAGCACGUGAAUUCACGUCAGAAGAGAAAGAGGAGGUGGUCCGAUAUGCCAAUGCCACUACACUGCAAAAGGCAGCAUUGAGAUAUGGAGUGGCAGCUCCUACAGUUUGGAGGUGGAGAAUGGAACUCAAACUACAUCAACCAAAAUACACCACAAACCAGAAGAAAUAUAUCGUCAAGUUUGCUGAAACCAAUUCACUGAAAGAAGCAGCUCAAAGGUUCGGAAUAACAACCAAGACAGUUCAGAACUGGAGGAGGAGCCUUCAACUUGACGGGACAUUGAGUGACGUUGAAAUAGCAGCAAUAGCCCCACCCAUAAUGAUUGGAACAGAGGGGGAGGGGCUAACCACACCCACCAGUAAUGGACUCAUAACUGAGGAAGUGAUUCCAUUGGAUAAUUCUCAUUUUCAGUUUGUAGUUGAUGGAGGAGAAGUGGCUGAAGCAACCCGACCUCAAGUGGGUGUGUCUAACAAUACCAACUCCUCUUCACUGGAGGUGGUGCAGGUACAGGACGUGGGUAUGGAGUAUGACGUGGUCUCCUCUGAAGGUCAUGCAGCUAAACCAAGAUGCACUCCCGAGGAAAAGAACCACAUACUGCAGUAUGCACUGGAGCACACCAUCAGGGAAGCGUCAGUAAAAUAUGGAGUGAGUCCAGGGACACUGUACUACUGGAAGAAGAACCAUCUUUCUUUAGCUAACGGACCAGGGGGUAAGGCCAGCAGCAGCAAAGGGACUGGAGGAAAGAGUGAAGAUGCUACAGAGUCCAGUGCCAGUGGCAUUGAACCAACAGUUGUUAGUGUACCGAUGACAAUGGACAUAUUAGCUGGAGGAGGGCCAGGACUGACUCCCGAUCCAUUGCAAUCCUUAUCCAGUGAUGUACUGAUUGAUAGUAAUGUCCCAACUGCCAGUCUCAUAGCUGCCAUUACACAGACCCUCGCCUCAGCUACUCCUGAACAGCUCCAAAGCUUACAACAGAUCACUACCGACCUCAACCUCCUCCAAGCAGUCACCUCCAUAAUGAACACCAGUGAAGGAAGUGUUGUCAGUAGACCGGCCGAGGGACUGGGUGAGGGUAUUUCAUCUCCUACUGACGUCCUGGUAUCAUUCAACCCACUGACACGCUCAGGGACUGAUCCAACCAAUAGUGAAGCAGUUACCAUGGUAACAGAAGAAACUACAACUACUGAGAAAAAUAUUGAUGACAUGAACUCUCAAGAAACUGAAAACUGAAACACAUACACCUUGACAGUACACUAGUCCCUGCUAGCUCACAUUAAGUUGUCUUUUGCUAUCGUAAUGUUCAACACACACACACACUAGGUUAGGUUUCAUUAUACAUGCACAUGUGUUUAUGGAAGUAAUUGUACACGUACAUGUACGUUUAUUUGUCAAAAUUCAGAGUACUAGUGGCUUUUAUCUUUAAAAUUCCAUAAA